AUAUUUCAAAGAGCAACUUGACAGCUCCUUUCAGUUUAACCUAAGUCGCUUUUCUGUGAGAGAAAUUUGACCGUCACAACGCAAUAAAACAGGAAAAACUUUACAGAAAAACUACAGGUGAAAAUAUCGCGGUGGGAGCUAUCACUCCAGUAUAAACAAGAGCUCAGUAUGUACAAUGACAUAAUGAAUCAUUUUACAGUUGGUAAAUUUUUCAUGAGUUCUUAUGUAAAUUUCUCACGUUUUUAAGGUUUAGAUUUCAUUUGUUUUGAUCUCGGUACACUGAUUAGUCAUUGAUGCGAAGAAGUAUGCGAAAAAAUACGUUUAAUUGUGGUUGAAUAUCGAUAUGUUUUAAGAGAAAUCACUGAGAUCUUCGGGGCAAACUGACAUUUUUUGAUAAUUAUUCUUUAUAAUUACACAAUGAUGUCUUUCGUACGAUCCAAGAAGAGUCAAAACUUGAAUCAAUACGCAUUGCUGAGCAACUUGGAAGACCAGGUAGAAAAGCUCAAAGCCUCUCCACAAACGAUAAAUGAUGAAAAUAUAUCAUUACAAUGUUUCUGUGCAACUCUGGAGCAGAUCUUCCUGGAAGGCGCGAGAAGAAGUGUAUUAAUAUUUAAACAGAAACAUUACUGGCAUUGGAUUUCUGAGAUACCCAAAUAUCUGCAAAGCUGUGGAAGCAAUGACCUAAAGCUAACCUAUAUCAUAAACACUGUUGAUAAUGCAACAAAGUCUUGGUCAAUGGAAACCAAAGGAAGACAGUUUAUUAGAAUGGCCCUUGUAAAGAAGUGUUUACAUAAGAUAGUGGAACUGUUGGACAAAAAUAUAUCAAUUUUGCAGAAUUUUUAUACGUAUGAAUCUUUCUUAUCAACAACGCAUUUGAGAGAGUCAUUGUUGGCACAUUUAAAGGAAAUAAGUAAUUUGGAUUUUGAUUUGAAUCUGAAGGCUGUGCAAUUUUUAAAUGAAACUUGGAUAAUUCCGAAGAUUCAUGAAAUUUUAACUGUUCCAUGUGAUCAACUGGGGAUUACUAUCAGUCAAGUUGACGAAAGAGCUAUGGUUGCUUUUGUGUUAACUGAAAGUAUUGCAGAUGAGAACAACAUUGAUGUUGGUGACUGUAUUUUGAGCAUGUGUGGAAAAGAUUGUUGUGGUCAGACAGUUGAAAAGGUUGCAGAAAUUUUAAAACAGAAUCAAGGACAACCCAUACCAAUAAGCAUCGCUAAGAUGAAGUUGGCAAAUGGUGAGCUUUUCCUUCCUCUAUUGAGGCGUAAAAAGGUUCUAGAUAGUGAAGACUCAAAUUUACAGAAGCAUCCUAACAAAACUGCCGGUGAUAAAAAGAUUCAAUCACAAAUAAGUGGUUAUAAUGAAACUCCAGUUCACGGUGUUUCCAAAGGAAAUUUGUAUUUUCAAGCUAACUAUAUUGGCAAACACAAAACAGGCGAGACUGGAGACCUCAACUCAAUUGAACCUUCUAUUUUGGAAGUUGUUGAUCAAAGAAAUACGCCUUUGGCUGUGUUAGUUAAGCUUGCUGAAACUUCAAUUGAAAUUUUGGACGAAAAGUCAAAUAAAACUUUAGCUGUUCAUUCAUACACUGUAACAUCGGCUUGUGGAAGAGGAAAAGUCCACACAAACACGUUCGCUUACAUUUCAGGCGAUACAACUUGUACGAUAUCAAAGGAUUUCACUUGUUACGUUUUUACAGUGGAGUCAGAAAAUCAGGCAAGAGAAGCGGUCUACGGUAUAGCGCAAGGUUUCAAUCGUACAUUGUGGUAUGUGUGAUGAGAAAUAUGGACAAUUUUUAAAACUGAAAAUGUUUUAAAGGUCAAAAAAUAAUAAAAUAACAAUUCAGUAUAUAUAUAUCAGCAAUAAUGGAGUAGAGUAUUUUGUUUCGACCGACGGUUUGCCGAUUUUUAAUUAAUGUACAUUUGUGAUUACUUGUAAAUACAAUAAAUUCUACAGUUUUUUAAGUAAUUUUUGACGACGAUGUUCGAGAAAAAACAUUUCAAAUAAAUCAAUGUGGGCAUACAAAGAAAAAAAGUAAUUAAACAUAAUGUAAAAUCGAGUAAUUUGAUUUUGAUUAAAAUUAUAUUUCUUUUAACGCAA